AUGACCGUGCAUAUGUUUGGAAAUACUUGCAGCCCAGCCGUCGCUAAUUUCUGUUUAAGAAGGACCACUGAAGACGGCGAGGAGAUAUUUGGGUCCGCAGCGAAAGAAUUUGUGAACAACAACUUUUAUAUCGAUGAUGGAUUAACCUCCACGCCUUUGGAUACUGACGCAAUUCCCCUCGUGAAGAAUACACAAGCCCUGUUGGCAACCGCUAACAUACGACUCCACAAGGUGGUUUCAAAUUCCAUUGUUGUCAUGGAAUCCUUCCCAGCAGAAGACCGCAUCGAUAACCUCAAAGAUUUGGAUCUAAAAGUUGACCCCAUUCCUGUUCAACGCUCGUUAGGCAUGCACUGGGACGUAGAGAAAGAUGCCUUUACCUUUAGAAUUUCCCUACCUGAGAAACCAUAUACUCGUCGUGGCGUUCUUGCUAUUGUUAAUUCUACCUACGACCCAUUAGGAUUAAUCACUCCUAUCACACUCGGAGGCAGAUUAUUGCUACGCAAGUUAACAGACAUGAGAAACAAACGUUCUGGUAACAACCAACUAUUGGGAUGGGACGAGGUUCUUCCUUCCAGCCUGUUGAACGAAUGGCUACGUUGGAGAGAUGCACUUUACGAAUUGCAAGACGUUCUUAUCCCAAGAUGUUACCAUCCAAACAACUUUGGACAGAUUACCCGUGUUGAACUCCACGCGUUCUCCGAUGCAAGCGAAGAUGCUAUCGGUGCGACGGUUUACCUGAAACUAGUCGACAACAAAGAAAGAGUUUCCGUGUCUCUGAUCUUUGCUCAAACGAAACUGGCUCCAAGGCGAUUAACGACUAUCCCCAGAUUAGAACUUUACGCUGCAGUCCUAACUACUCAAGCGACGAGACGCGUCCUCAAAGAACUCACAAUCGAAGUCAACGAGGUCGUAUUUUACAGCGAUCCGAAGGUAGUCUUGGGAUAUAUCCAAAAUGAGAAAAGACGAUUCUACUCCUACGUCGCUAAUCGAGUCCAGAUAAUUCGACAAAUUUCCAGUCCAACGCAAUGGAGAUACGUGGGUACAUCAAUCAAUCCUGCUGAUCUAGCAACAAGAAGCAUUAGUCCUAAGCAGUUGUUGAAUACCCAAUGGUUUCAAGGACCAGAGUUCCUACGAAAUCCUCAUCAAUUGUCACCUAGCUCGCAUGUUGAGAUGCCACUGAACGAAGAAGAUCCUGAGAUCCGACCCUUGCUUGCCCUAAAAUUAAAUGCACAACAACACGUUAAAGGAUUUGGCUCAAGGAGAUUUGAACGGUUUUCAAGAUGGUCCACGCUUCGAAGAGCUGUCGCAAGGCUGAUUUUGAAAAUUAGAACUUUUAAGUUACGUCGAGAUCUGGAUGGGGAAAAGAGCUCCAUGAGACCUGCACACCCAAAUUCCGAAAACAUCCAAAGAAGAAUAUCUUCAGACCUGCUCAAAUCCGCUGAAGAAGUCCUAACCAAGACCGUGCAGGGAGAAUCUUUCGCUCCAGAGAUCGACGCACUGACUUCUUCCAGAGUUCAUUCCAACAGGACGUUGACGCACAAAGAACACAACCACAAAACGUCUCACCUGUAUCGUCUCGACCCGUUUCUAGAUGAAUACGGCAUUCUUCAUGUCGGCGGCAGAACUCGUUGUUCCCAUCAGACAUACCAUGAAAAACACCCCGCUUUCCUUCCUAAAGAUCAUUGUCUUUCCUACCUCGUAAUAAAUCACUACCACGAAAAAACCCACCAUCAAGGUCAGCUAAUAUCUCAAGGUGCCGUGUUGCAAGGAGGAUUCUGGAUAAUUAGCUGCAGACGAAUGGUGUCCAAACUAAUCAACCGAUGUGUAACCUGUAAACGACUUAGAGGAAAAGUUCAAGAACAACAUAUGUCGGAUCUGCCAUUUGAUCACUUGGAGACGCCGCCGCCCUUUACUAACGUUGGAUUUGAUGUCUUCGGACCCUGGGUGAUCCAUAUGCGUAAGCUUAGAGGAGGAACUUCCAAUUCUAAACGAUGGGGCCUUAUCUUCACGUGCCUUAAUUCCAGAGCGGUACAUAUCGAGGUACUAGAUAGUAUGGAUUCAAGUUCAUUUAUAUGCGGUUUAAGAAGAUUCUUCGCCAUCCGUGGCCCAGCCGCCGUACUGAGAUGUGAUCGCGGUACCAAUUUCCUUGGCGGAAAAACAGAAUUAGAAAACGCCUUAAACGAAAUGGACCAAGAUUCAAUCCAACAUUAUCUCAGUGAAGAAGGGUGCCAAUGGUUGUUUAACCCUCCUCAUGCAUCUCACUUUGGGGGCACGUGGGAAAGACAGAUCGGUACGAUUAGACGUGUUCUAGACGUCAUGCUUUCAAAACUCGGACCUCGUCAACUCACUCACGAUCUGCUCGUAACCUUGAUGGCCGAAGUCAGUGCCAUAGUUAAUGCUCAUCCAAUUGGUGUUCUACCCACAGACCCUGACCAUCCUCAACCAUUAUCUCCUGCACUGUUGUUGACCAUGAAAACUUGA